AUGCAGGAUUCUGAGUCCAGCGUGUUUCAGCUACAGCCCAACAUCAUCUCUGUACGGCUCUUCAAAAGAAAGAUAGGUGGGCUGGGAUUUUUGGUCAAACAACGGGUUUGCAAACCACCCGUCAUUGUAUCAGACCUCAUACGUGGUGGAGCCGCAGAGGAAUGUGGGUUGGUCCAGGUUGGCGACAUCGUCCUGGCGGUGAACAACAAACCAUUGGUGGACCUGAGCUACGAACGGGCGCUUGAGACCCUGAAAAACGUGUCACCCGAAAGUCACGCCGUCCUAAUACUUCGUGGACCAGAGGGCUUCACCACUCACCUGGAGACAACGCUCAGCGGAGAUGGCAAACCCAGAACGAUUCGCAUCACCAGGCCGGUCAACCCUUCUUCGACCAGGGCAUGUGAGCGAUGCUCGCCCCUCACCACCAACAUGACCAAAGAGCUCAGGGCUAUAGAGAACCUGUCCUCUGAUUCCACGACUAGGAAGGAACCUAGGGAGAACAAACCUCUGAUUCCUCUGCUCGCCCAGGAGUCUCUGCUUCGAGAAGGAGGCCAUUCGCUUCUUAAUGGGGUGGAGGAGAACAACGACCUGUUGAAGGAGAUUGAGCCUGUGCUGAAACUGAUCAAGAACAGCAAAAAAGACAUCAAUGGAGAAGGGCUGAGAGUUGCGGAGAGGAAGGAUGCAGAGGUGCAAGUGGAGAGAGACCUUGUUGUGGGAAAUGGACAGAAUGCCCAGCUGGCAUCGGAUAAUGACAGAGUGUUUGAUGACCUCUGGAGAAAGGACAACAUGCCUACAGUGCUUAACAACCCUUACUCUGAGAGUGACAAGCCACAGCUGAUGUCCCAAGGACGAGUUUCCCCUACAAAGACUGUGCAGAACGGAAGUCCCUCCAAAUGUCCAAGGUUCAUGAAGGUGAAGAACUGGGAGACUGCAGCACUGUACAAUGAUACUCUACAUCAUGGAUCCAGCCAGGUGCCAAUCUGUACUGAGCGUGUUUGUAUCGGGUCGGUUAUGGUGCCAAACCAGCACAGUCGCAAGCCAGAUGAAGUACGGACGAAAGAGGAACUGCUACCACUGGCUACAGAUUUCAUCGACCAGUACUUCACAUCGAUCAAAAGAUGUGGCUCCAAGGCCCACGUUGACCGACUGGAGGAGGUCAAAAAAGAAAUAGAAACUUCUGGAACCUAUCAAUUGAAGGACACAGAGCUGAUCUAUGGGGCCAAACAUGCAUGGAGAAAUGCAGCUCGUUGUGUGGGACGGAUCCAAUGGUCCAAACUACAGGUGUUCGAUGCUCGAGACUGCACGACGGCUCACGGAAUGUUUAAUUACAUCUGCAACCACAUCAAAUAUGCCACCAACAAAGGAAACCUCAGAUCGGCUAUUACCAUCUUCCCCCAGCGGAUGGACGAAAAGCAUGACUUCCGUGUGUGGAACAGCCAAUUGAUCCGGUAUGCAGGCUACAAGCAGCCUGAUGGAUCAAUACUUGGAGAUCCGGCUUCUGUGGAGCUUACAGAGAUCUGUAUGCAGCAAGGAUGGAAAGCUCCAAAAGGCCGUUUUGAUGUUUUGCCCCUUCUUCUCCAAGCCAGUGGGAAUGAUCCUGAACUUUUUGAGAUUCCAGAUGAUCUUGUACUUGAAGUUCCCAUCACACACCCAAAGUUUGAAUGGUUCAAGGAUCUGAAUCUAAAGUGGUAUGGUCUUCCUGCGGUGUCUAACAUGCUGCUAGAGAUCGGGGGGCUGGAGUUCACCGCCUGCCCCUUCAGCGGCUGGUACAUGGGGACUGAGAUCGGUGUCAGAGACUUCUGCGACAGCUCUCGAUACAACAUACUUGAGGAAGUGGCCACAUCGAUGGGGCUGGACACAAGGAAGACUUCAUCCCUGUGGAAGGACCAGGCCCUGGUGGAGAUCAACAUUGCUGUUCUUUACAGCUUCCAGAUGUCAAAGGUCACUAUCGUAGACCAUCACUCAGCCACCGAGUCCUUCAUGAAACACAUGGAGAAUGAGUAUAGAGUGAGAGGCGGUUGUCCAGGUGACUGGGUGUGGAUUGUGCCACCCAUGUCAGGCAGCAUCACACCAGUUUUUCACCAGGAAAUGCUCAACUAUCGCCUGACACCUUCCUUUGAGUAUCAGCCUGACCCAUGGAACACUCACGCGUGGAAAGGGGUGAAUGGGACACCCACAAAGAAAAGAGCAAUUGGCUUCAAGAAACUUGCCAAGGCUGUAAAAUUCUCAGCCAAACUCAUGGGGCAGGCCAUGGCCAAGAGAGUGAAAGCCACCAUCUUGUUUGCCACAGAAACUGGGAAAUCGCAGGACUAUGCAAAAACACUCUGUGAGAUUUUCAAGCAUGCAUUUGAUGCGAAGGUAAUCUCCAUGGAUGAAUAUGACACAGUGGACUUGGAGCAUGAGACACUUGUGAUAGUGGUGACCAGUACGUUUGGUAAUGGGGAUCCUCCAGAAAAUGGAGAGAAAUUUGGUGUGGCACUGAUGGAGAUGAGACAUCCAACCACCAGCAUAGAGGACAGAAAGACAUACAAAGUGCGCUUUAACAGUGUCUCUUCUUACUCUGAUACUCGCAAGUCCUCCAGUGAUGAGCCCGAACCUAAAGCCAACUUCGAGAGCACUGGACCACUCGCCAAUGUCAGAUUCUCUGUGUUUGGCCUCGGUUCUCGGGCAUAUCCACACUUCUGCGCAUUUGCCCACGCAGUGGACACACUGUUUGAGGAGCUAGGUGGGGAGCGAAUCCUCCGCAUGGGAGAAGGAGAUGAACUCUGUGGCCAAGAGGAAUCCUUUAGAACAUGGGCCAUGAAGGUCUUCAAGGCUGCAUGUGAUGUUUUCUGCGUUGGUGAUGACGUUAGUAUCGAGAAAGCAAAUAAUUCCUUGAUUAGUAACGAUCGUAGCUGGAAGAAAAGCAAGUUCCGGAUGACAUACAUGGCGGAGGCACCGACACUGACAGAAGCGCUUUACAACAUCCAUAAGAAGAAAGUCUACGGGGCCAAAUUUGUGCAGAGACAGAACCUACAAAGUGCAAAAUCUAACCGACUGACUAUAUUUGUGCGUCUUGAUGCCAACAACCAUGACAGUCUGAAAUACUUGCCUGGCGACCAUUUAGGCAUUUUCCCUGGUAACAACGAAGAUGUAGUUACUACCCUCAUUGACAAACUUGAGGACGCUCCACCUGUCAAUCAAAUCGUAAAGGUGGAGUUCUUAGAGGAGAGAAACACGGCAUUGGGUGUUAUUAGUAACUGGACAGACGAGAGUCGUAUUCCACCCUGUACCAUCUAUCAGGCUUUCAAAUACUUCCUGGACAUAACCACCCCUCCGAGCCCUCUACUACUGCAGCAGUUUGCUCCUCUAGCGACUAAUGACAAACAGAGGAAGAGACUGGAGGUGCUCAGCAAGGGUUUGCAGGAGUAUGAGGAGUGGAAGUGGUACAAUAACCCCACCAUAGUGGAAGUAUUGGAGGAGUUUCCCUCCAUUCAGAUCCCCUCCACCCUGCUCCUCACCCAGCUCCCCCUCCUACAGCCACGAUACUACUCCAUCAGCUCCUCGCCAGACCUUUAUCCAGGAGAGAUCCACCUCACCGUGGCUGUGGUGUCCUUUCACACCAGAGACGGAGAGGGUCCUGUGCACCAUGGAGUGUGUUCCUCUUGGCUCAAUAGUUUGGAUGCAGAAGAUACCGUGCCAUGCUUCGUCAGAGGGGCUCCAACUUUCCGUAUGCCAAAAGUCAGUCAGGUUCCAUGUAUUCUGGUUGCUCCAGGCACUGGUAUCGCUCCAUUCAGAAGCUUCUGGCAACAGAGACAGUAUGAGAUUGAAAAUAAGGGAAUCAAGGCAUGCCCUAUGAUCUUGGUUUUCGGUUGUCGGCAGUCACAGAUUGACCACAUUUACAAGGAAGAGACAAUCCAGGCCAAGAACAAGGAAGUAUUUAAAGAACUUUAUACUGCAUACUCCAGAGAGCCUGGGAGACCAAAGAAAUAUGUCCAGGAUGUGCUUCGUGAGCAGCUGUCUGAAAUAGUCUACAAGUCUUUGAGAGAAGAAGGAGGUCACAUUUACGUUUGUGGAGACGUUACCAUGGCUGGAGACGUACUGAAAACAGUCCAGCAGAUCUUUAAACUACACGGCAACAUGUCUCUGGAGGAUGCUGGCUUCUAUAUCAGCAAACUAAGGGACGAGAAUCGAUACCACGAGGACAUUUUUGGUGUCACCCUGCGCACUUACGAGGUCACCAACCGUCUAAGGUCGGAAUCUAUUGCAUUCAUCGAAGAGAGCAAAAAAGAUUUGGAUGAGGUGUUUUGCUCAUAGUCUCAUUUUCUGACCAUCUCGAUGGCUUUUGCUCAAACGCUCCAAAAUCGACCAAUGAGAAGCAUGAUAAGGUCAACAUGAUAUAAGAAAACUGUGCUGAGUUUGUUUACUUCUUAAACAGUUUGUUCUUUUCUUUUUUACAAAAAAUAUUUUAUUUUCUUCGCUCGUUUGUUGUGCAUAUCUAUAAUCAAAAUCUGCAUUAUUAAGACAAAUACCUUUCACUUGAAUACCUGAAUGCACUUUUUUGUGUUUUUAUGAUUUUGUCAUCAUUAAUAGGCUGCAUGCACUCAGACAUUGUCUGCCUUUUUAAUGUUUAAGCAAGAACAAUGUCUUUUCUGAUGUGCAAAUAUGCAUAGAUAUUGACUUCAGUGUUAUGAGUUUGAAAGUGUUUGGUUUGCUUCAGAUUUAGUGUUUGGAUAAGUUUGCACAUUAUGAUCACUUUUGAUUAAAGACAA